AUGAAAGACGACCGGACGACUUUCGUCCCCAGGCACGUGGGCCGCAACAUCUUCCCAGGCUCGCCUUUCUUCAACCGCCUGCUCCGUUUCGCUCACGCUCUGCCCCCACGCAUAUGCGUCCGCGAUGACAACCUGGGCAAGGAAUUCACGCAUAUCCAACUCUUGUCCGACGUCCUGGCCUUUCGAGAAAAGGUAUGGAACGACUUCCUCACCCCCGAAGUUCGCCGACAACUUGACAACCGGGAGGAGGUGUAUUUCGCCAUUCUCGCCGCCGGGGGCUAUGAGUAUACCGUUGCGACGGUCGCGGCGCUCGCAAUGGGGGCCGCCAUUGUUCCCAUGACCGUCAUGUUGCCGCCAGAGGAGGCACUGUACUUUGCCACCAAGUCCAAGGCGGCGUGUGUGAUUUGCUCUGCUUCCGCGGAGAAGCUGGGCAGUGACCUCGAGCAGCUCGUCAGGAAAGGCGACCCGAACAGUACCUUCAGACACGUACCCGUGGCACCAUACCUCGGGAAUGCGCCGUUGCACCCCGGCGAGAUCUUCAUCUCCUCCGACCGCUACCUCCCAGAAUCCGAUCCGGGCGUGGUGAUAUUUACAUCUGGAACGAGUGGUCCGCCCAAAGGCGCCGUGAUGCGGCGAGGCUUCAUCCACGACACGGCUCUCGCAGUGGCAGACCACUACUCAUACGGGCCGGAAGAUACCCUGCUCCAUCUUCUUCCAGUGCACCACGCCACGGGUAUUGGCAUCAACUACUUUCCCUGUCUCAUAAGCGGCUGCGUGAUCGAAUUCAACAGUGGCUCCUUCAGCGCCGAAUGGACCUGGGAGCGGUGGAAGCGCGGCGGCAUCACCAUCUUCUCCGGCGUGCCGACCAUCUACAUGCGCAUGAUGCGAUAUUUCGAACAGAAGCUGGCCUCGCGAUCGGACGUGGACGAAUAUAUCCAGGGUGCACGCAACAUCAAGGCUUGCCUGUGCGGCACGUCGGCCUUGCCGAAACCUAUUGCUGACUUCUGGGCCAAGAUAUUGGGGAAGCGAAUCACCCUACGCUACGGCGCCUCAGAGUUCGGCGCGGUGAUCAAAGUGCGGCUCGGCGAUGAGAACGUGCCGGAUGGAUCUGUGGGCACGCUGUUCGCGGGCUGCGAUGUCAAGCUCCGCGACGAAGAGACGGGCGCGUAUGGCGAUCAAGGCGAAGUCGUGAUACGAUCACCCACGGGGGAGAUGUUCGCAAAGUAUCUGAAUGAUCCGGAGGCGACGAAAAAGGCCUUUACAUCCGAUGGGUACUACAGGUCGGGAGACAUUGCCCGGAAAGAGGGGCCUUAUUAUUGGAUCGAGGGCCGAGCAUCAAUCGACAUCAUCAAGUCCGGCGGAUACAAAAUCAGUGCUCUGGACAUUGAGCGCGAGAUCUUGGGUUUGGACUAUGUUUCGGAGGUCAUGGUGCUCGGCGUGGCCGACCUUGAGUUUGGCGAGAGAGUGGCGGCCGCGGUAGUCUUGAAGGCGCGAGGCGAUCAGACGUCCAAGGAACCGGUGGAAGAUCUUACAAUUGACCGGCUGCGACAAGACCUUCGAUCGCGACUUGCAGGGUACAAGAUGCCGACGGUUUUGCGAGUCAUGGACGAGGAGUUGCCCAAAUCGGGGACGGGGAAGGUGGUGAAGAAGGUGCUGGGUCCUCAAUUCUUUCCGAAGAACUACCUGGAGCUGAAGGAAGUACAAGCUUGGACGCCGCAAGAGAAAACAAAGGCCAAGCUGUAG